CGCAGCACCCGCUUAGUCUGUUUCCCACCGUCUCGCAGGGCGAAGCGCACCGCCAAACGAUCGGCCCAAUAUUCAUCACCAAUUCACAAUCGCAAUCCUGUGAACUUGAACUCGUCCCCUGAUAAUUUCUCGAUCAACAUGGGUCACGGUGAGAAGGGUCGGCCGAGCAAGAGCAUGAAACCCUCUUCCAAGGAUGAUUACCGUAAUGCGAUUCCGGAGGACGAAGAAGCCACCUAUGGAGAAGAAAUCGAGGAUGAUUAUCACGACGGGGAAGGGAAAAAGAAGGACUUUAGCAAAUUAGAGCUGAAACCUGACCAUGCCAAUCGGCCGCUAUGGGCAUGUGCUGAUGGCAGGAUUUUUCUAGAGACUUUCUCGCCUCUGUAUAAGCAGGCUUAUGAUUUUCUCAUUGCCAUAGCCGAACCAGUUUGCAGGCCUGAGUCGAUGCACGAGUAUAAUUUGACCCCACACUCGUUAUAUGCUGCUGUUUCCGUCGGUCUCGAGACGGAGACUAUCAUAACCGUCCUGAGCAAGCUAUCCAAGACAAAGCUUCCUAAAGAGAUGAUUGAUUUUAUACAUGCUUCUACUGCUAACUAUGGGAAAGUGAAGCUUGUUCUUAAGAAGAACCGAUACUUUAUCGAAUCCCCAUUCCCUGAGGUGUUAAAGAAAUUGCUCAGGGACGAAGUUAUUUCUCGCGCAAGGAUUACCUCCGAGGCUGCUGGUGCUGAGGGGUUUACAGUUGGCAAAGCAAUGGGUGAAGUUGUCUCUGGUCAUAAUGAGUUGUUAAAUGAAGCACAACUGGCUGCUGCAGCUGAAGAGAAAGAAACCCACUCCUUCGAAAUUGAUCCAGUUCAGGUGGAAAAUGUGAAGCAACGAUGCUUGCCUAACGCAUUAAACUACCCCAUGAUGGAGGAAUAUGACUUCAGGAAUGAUACUGUGAACCCUGACCUGGAAGUGGAGCUCAAGCCUCAUGCACAGCCACGGCCGUAUCAGGAGAAGAGCCUUAGUAAAAUGUUUGGAAAUGGCAGAGCGAGAUCUGGCAUUAUUGUUUUACCUUGUGGUGCUGGGAAGUCUUUGGUUGGAGUUUCUGCAGCUUGCAGAAUAAGAAAGAGUUGUCUCUGCUUGGCGACAAAUGCCGUAUCAGUGGAUCAGUGGGCUUUCCAGUUCAAGCUGUGGUCCACCAUAAGAGAUGAACAGAUCUGCCGUUUCACAUCUGACAGCAAAGAAAGAUUUCGUGGCAAUGCCGGGGUGGUUGUAACCACGUAUAAUAUGGUUGCUUUUGGUGGAAAACGUUCCGAAGAGUCCGAAAAGAUUAUUGAGGAAAUAAGGAACAGAGAAUGGGGAUUGCUUCUGAUGGAUGAGGUGCAUGUGGUUCCUGCACAUAUGUUUCGUAAGGUCAUCAGCCUAACCAAGUCUCACUGCAAGCUAGGUCUCACUGCAACACUUGUCAGAGAGGAUGAGAGAAUUACAGAUCUGAACUUUCUUAUUGGCCCCAAGUUGUAUGAAGCGAACUGGUUGGAUUUGGUUAAAGGAGGAUUCAUUGCAAAUGUUCAGUGUGCCGAAGUAUGGUGCCCAAUGACAAAGGAGUUCUUUGCAGAAUAUCUUAAGAAAGAAAACUCCAAGAAGAAGCAGGCUCUGUAUGUGAUGAACCCCAAUAAAUUCAGGGCGUGUGAGUUCCUCAUACGAUUCCAUGAACAGCAGCGAGGUGAUAAGAUAAUCGUCUUUGCUGACAACCUUUUCGCCCUCACAGAGUACGCGAUGAAGCUUCGCAAACCAAUGAUAUAUGGUGCCACAAGCCAUAUUGAACGCACAAAGAUUCUUGAGGCUUUUAAGACCAGUCGUGAUGUCAACACCAUAUUCCUCUCAAAGGUGGGUGAUAACUCUAUCGAUAUUCCUGAGGCAAAUGUGAUAAUUCAGAUAUCAUCACAUGCUGGUUCGAGACGUCAGGAAGCCCAGCGGCUCGGUCGUAUUCUUCGUGCAAAAGGUAAGCCUCAGGAUAGGAUGGCGGGAGGCAAAGAGGAGUACAAUGCGUUCUUUUAUUCUCUUGUGUCUACAGACACACAGGAAAUGUACUACUCAACCAAAAGGCAACAAUUUUUGAUCGAUCAAGGUUAUAGCUUCAAGGUUAUAACAAGCUUGCCUCCACCUGAUUCUGGGGGUGAUCUAAGUUUCCACCAUCUGGAUGAGCAACUGGCACUUCUGGGCAAGGUACUGAGUGCUGGGGAUGAUAUGGUAGGCUUAGAGCAGCUUGAGGAAGAUGCCGAUGAUAUAGCCCUACACAAAGCACGUCGUUCUCUGGGUUCGAUGAGUGCAAUGUCUGGUGCUAAUGGUAUGGUUUACAUGGAGUACAGCACUGGGAAGAAGCCCAUGGGUCAGGGGAAGCCGAAACCCAAGGAUCCAUCGAAACGGCACUAUCUGUUCAAGAAGAGAUAUGGCUGAGGAGGAGAAGCUGAUGCUUGACAAGGCAAUGCUGUUUCUUUACCUGUUGGUUUGGGUUACAUAACAUUCUCAUAUGUAUCUCAAAAUUUUGCCAGCGGAUAAAAGUUUGGGAAGUGUAAUUACAUCGAUAAAACUAUGCUUAUCUUGUAAUUUACGUGUUGAUCUCCCUAGUUGGCAAUGUAAGGGAGCUUGAGAAGAACUGUCUAGUUUAAUUACAUUACGACGGCACAGGUAAGAUUUAUGCUGUUAGGUGUAUGUUGAUUCAUCGAGCUUGUAAUUCAUAACUGCUCGAGGAAGAAAGAAAUGCAAUGCUGAGAAAUCUUGUUGAGAAA